GCUGCCUCCUCUGAGGGGUUCGCUGUUGGUGAGGUGCUCGCCCGUAUCUGCCAUGCAAAACGAGGGCGCUUUAUGAAGGAGUCCGUCUUGUAAAGCCAUUGGUCCCGGCCAUCAGCUUCUACCCAAUGCUCUCCUGAUGCUGCCGCGGAUCUAUUUGGGAAGUUGGCUGGCUGGCGAGGCAGAGCCUCUCCUCAAAGCCUGGCUCCCACGGAAAAUAUGCUCAGUGCCGCCGCGUGCAUGAAUGAAAACGCCGCCGGGCGCUUCUAGUCGGGCAAAAUGCAGCCGAGAACUCCACUCGUCCUGUGCGUUCUCCUGUCCCAGGUGCUGCUGCUAACAUCUGCAGAAGAUUUGGACUGCACUCCUGGAUUUCAGCAGAAACUGUUCCACAUCAAUCAGCCAGCUGGAUUCGUCGAGGACCAGCUGAUUCUAAACUUGACCUUCAGUGACUGUAAGGGAAACAAUGAGCUACGCUAUGAGGUAUCAAGUCCAUACUUCAAGGUGAACAGCGAUGGCAGCUUAGUCGCCCUGAGAAACGUCACUGCGGUGGGCAGGACUCUAUUUGUCCACGCACGGACUCCCCAUGCAGAAGACAUGGCAGAACUGGUGAUCGUCGGGGGCAAAGAUAUUCAGGGCUCCUUGCAGGAUAUAUUUAAAUUUGCAAGAACUUCUCCAGUCCCAAGACAAAAGAGGUCCAUUGUGGUAUCUCCCAUUUUAAUUCCGGAGAAUCAGAGACAGCCAUUCCCGAGAGAUGUUGGCAAGGUAGUCGAUAGCGACAGACCAGAAGGCUCCAAGUUCCGGCUCACUGGAAAGGGAGUGGAUCAGGAGCCUAAAGGAAUUUUCAGAAUCAAUGAGAACACGGGGAGCGUCUCGGUGACACGGACCUUGGACAGAGAAACGGUGGCCACUUACCAACUAUUCGUGGAGACCAUUGAUGUCAAUGGCAGAACUCUGGAGGGACCGGUGCCUCUGGAAGUCAUUGUGAUCGACCAGAAUGACAACAGGCCGAUCUUUCGGGAAGGCCCUUACAUCGGCCACGUCAUGGAAGGCUCACCAACAGGGACGACGGUGAUGCGGAUGACAGCCUUUGAUGCGGAUGACCCGGCCACCGAUAAUGCCCUCCUGCGGUAUAAUAUUCGCCAGCAGACGCCUGACAAGCCGUCUCCCAACAUGUUCUACAUCGAUCCUGAGAAAGGAGACAUUGUCACUGUCGUGUCACCUGCGCUGUUGGACCGGGAGACACUGGAAAAUCCCAAGUACGAACUGAUCAUCGAGGCUCAAGAUAUGGCUGGAAUGGACGUCGGAUUAACAGGCACGGCCACAGCCACAAUCAUGAUCGAUGACAAAAACGAUCACUCACCAAAAUUCACCAGGAAAGAGUUUCAAGCCACAGUCGAGGAAGGAGCCGUGGGAGUUAUUGUGAAUUUGACAGUUGAGGACAAGGAUGAUCCCGCCACAGGUGCAUGGAGGGCCGCCUACACGAUCAUCAAUGGAAACCCAGGGCAGAGCUUCGAAAUCCACACCAACCCUCAAACCAACGAGGGCAUGCUCUCCGUGGUCAAACCUCUGGACUACGAGAUCUCCGCCUUCCACACCCUGCUGAUCAAGGUGGAAAACGAGGACCCACUGGUGCCCGAUGUCUCCUACGGCCCCAGCUCCACAGCCACCGUCCACAUCACUGUCCUGGAUGUGAACGAGGGCCCGGUCUUCUACCCAGACCCCAUGACGGUGACGAAGCGGGAGGACAUCUCCGCGGGCAGUGUGCUGUUGACAGUGAACGCCACGGACCCUGAUUCCCUGCAGCAUCAAACCAUCAGGUAUUCUGUUUAUGAGGACCCAGCAGGCUGGCUGAGUAUUAACCCCAUCAACGGGACGGUUGACACCACCGCCGUGUUGGACCGCGAGUCCCCCUUCGUCCACAACAGCGUGUACACUGCCCUCUUCCUGGCAAUCGACAGUGGCAGCCCUCCGGCGACUGGCACAGGCACUCUGCUGAUCACGCUGGAAGACGUGAACGACAACGCCCCCUUCAUUUACCCCACUGUGGCUGAAGUCUGUGACGACGCCAAAAACCUCAGCGUAGUCAUUCUGGGAGCGUCAGAUAAGGAUCUUCACCCAAAUACAGAUCCUUUCAAAUUUGAAAUUCAUAAACAAACUGUUCCUGAUAAAGUUUGGAAAAUCUCCAAGAUCAACAAUACACACGCCCUAGUCAGCCUUCUCCAAAACCUGAACAAGGCAAACUACAACCUGCCUAUUAUGGUGACAGAUUCAGGGAAGCCACCCAUGACGAACAUCACAGAUCUCAGGGUACAGGUGUGUUCCUGCAAGAACUCCAAAGUGGACUGCAACUCUGCGGGAGCCCUGCGCUUCAGCGUGACCUCGCUCCUACUCCUCUCUCUCUGCAGUUUAGCUGGUCUGUGAGAACUCCUGACAUCUGAAGCUUGACUCCCAAGUUUCCAUAGCAACAGGAAAAAG